AUAAGGAUACACUGACACUGAGAAUGUUAGUUUCUUACUCAUUUUAGGACAAAAUAAGAAUUAGCAUUGCAAACAAAAGUAUACUUGAAGAAAACUGCAUUCAUUUGAAUCUGCUGCUAGGAAAAGGAAUCAACUUUUGCACAGCAAUUUGGUAAAUAAACUGAGGAAGGAAACAGCGACCUCCUCAGGCCGUGAUGAGACACUGUCGUCUCUGCUGUCAGUAUUCAGUCAGUGGGAGGGUAUACAGCGACAGCAGCAGCAGCCGCCUCGGAACUAAAACCAACGUGACAGACUGGAGUCUUAAUAACAGCAGCCGAACCAAGAGCAGCACUAACAGAGAAACCCUAAUACUGCAUAUGGAGACUACCAGAUGUCAUCUGUCGACUGCUGCAUAAGGAUAACGACUCAGCCGGCUCGACAGCAGCGAACGCAAACCGCAGUGGACGUUGUUGCAUUGUUCACGUGAAAGGAGGAAAAUCGGUGGUUUGCAGCGGACCCGCGUGCAGUCGACCGGAACCGGACUCCGUUGUUGAUUUGUCGUAAUGUUUUGUCACGGGAUACAUCGUUAACGCUGGAUACCGAGUUUAGUAGAGUCAUUGCAUCACGUUGGAUUCACCAGCCCCGUGUUGAACUUGGCCUGUAGAGCAAACAGUACGAUGAACGCGUAGCUCUGCUAAAUCUCUGGAAUGUGUGUUUUCUGAUCAAUCGGUUUCCCAGCCGUGAUUCUUUUUGUCUUUAUAAUUAUUUGGCGAUUAUCUCUCUUAAAUUAUUCGCUCGGUCAACUCAAGCAGCUGCAGCUUGCGCUUUGUCUACAUCAGAGAGGAAUGGAUAUGACGAUACGAAAGUAAACCUGGACCUGGUUUUUUGGGUUUCGGAGCCAGGAUUCCUGCACUCUGAAGGUCUGAAGAAUAUCAAGCCUCUUUUCCCUCUUGCGGUCCCUUAUGCCCAAUGACGGCUGUCUCCGGGUCACUGCAGGAUGGAUGAAGUGGAUUUGACAGUUUUUGUCUGUCACCAUCCGUGCUUGCCUCUCAGUGACUGUGUCUUGUUCUUUUACGUUUAUAAAAGAACACCUCCUCUCUUGGGCUCUGGCCCCUUACACUGUAAGAGUAACUGUUAGUAAGGAAUACCCCACGGAGGGGGCCUUCCAGCAAACUCUGUGGUUCACGUGAGCUUUUAUUAUUUUUUUUCAUAGGCUUUUUAUGCCACAGUCAAAAGCAGAAACAGGAAAUUUCCACAAAAGGUCAAGGUUUACAUUUGAGUUUUUUCACAAUAAUUUAUUUAUACAUUUAAGUUUUUAUUUUUAUUUUUUCCUGGAGAGAUGUCAUCGGAAAAUCCCAACAAGUUGGUGACCUUCUUGGCCCCUCCACCUCCAAAGAAUGUGAACGGCUCCGGUUCGGACUCACUCGUGGGUGAGAAGCUAGACACGGAGGUCAGAAAACGACGCCACACCAUGGAUAGAGAUCUGAAGACGGCUGAGCACAGAUUUUUUAGGCGUAGUGUCAUCUGUGACUCCAAUGUCACAGCCCUUGACUUGCCCAGCAAAGCCUGCAUCCUCACCUCGCCUCCGGACUGCGAGCAGUUCAUUGUGCCUGCAGUGCUGGGUUCGGCCCCUGAGGUUACCAUUGACCCCCAAGUAGGUGUUUCAGGUGUCGUAUUGGAAGAACAUGCAGAGGAUGGAAGAGCUGCUGGGGUUGAUGGGAUUGAGGAGGUACAGAGCCCAUCUGUGCAGGAUGUGGGUGUGAGGCAGAGCGAGGCCCUUGGGAUGGUGGAGAAGGAGCCCAGCGAUGUGGGCAACAAGGAGCAGGAGAGGGGUGCAGCAGACAAACGUGAAGAGGAGGAAGAGGAGGAGAGAGGGGUGGCGAGGGCCCGUGCUGAAGCUGAGCAGAGAGAGGCUGAGAAAAAGGUUCAGGAGGAUGAAGAAGUGGAGACCAAAGCUGUGGGCACCUCACCCGAUGGGCGUUUCCUCAAAUUUGACAUCGAGAUUGGACGCGGCUCGUUCAAAACUGUCUACAAGGGCUUGGACACGGAGACUACGGUGGAAGUAGCUUGGUGCGAACUUCAGGAUCGGAAGCUGUCAAGAUCAGAGCGCCAGCGCUUCAAGGAAGAGGCUGGCAUGUUGAAAGGCCUGCAGCACCCAAACAUUGUGCGAUUUUAUGACUCAUGGGAGUUGCCCUCCAAAGGCCGCAAGUGUAUUGUGCUGGUGACGGAGCUCAUGACGUCGGGAACCCUAAAAACGUAUCUGAAGCGCUUCAAGGUGAUGAAGAUAAAGGUGUUGCGGAGCUGGUGCCGACAAAUCCUGAAGGGCCUGCACUUCCUCCACACCAGGGCUCCUCCCAUCAUUCACCGGGACCUUAAGUGCGACAACAUCUUCAUCACCGGUCCCACCGGCUCCGUUAAGAUUGGCGAUCUAGGCUUGGCCACCCUCAAGCGCACAUCAUUCGCUAAGAGUGUCAUAGGUACCCCUGAGUUCAUGGCGCCUGAGAUGUACGAGGAAAAAUACGACGAGUCGGUGGAUGUGUACGCCUUCGGAAUGUGCAUGCUGGAGAUGGCUACCUCUGAGUACCCGUACUCUGAGUGUCAGAACCCCGCUCAAAUCUAUCGCCGAGUCACCAGCGGAGUUAAACCUGGCAGUUUCGACAAGGUAGCCAUUCCAGAGGUGAAAGAGAUCAUCGAGGGAUGUAUUCGCCAAAACAAAGAUGAAAGAUACGCCAUCAAGGACCUUCUGAACCAUGCCUUCUUCCAGGAGGAGACUGGGGUGCGGGUGGAGCUGGCUGAAGAGGACGAUGGGGAGAUGAUUGCCAUAAAGCUCUGGUUGCGCAUUGAAGAUGUCAAGAAAUUGAAAGGCAAAUACAAAGACAACGAAGCCAUCGAGUUUUCCUUCGACCUCCAUCGGGACGUGCCAGAAGAUGUGGCUCAGGAAAUGGUUGAGUCGGGCUAUGUUUGUGAGGGCGACCACAAAACCAUGGCCAAGGCCAUCAGAGACCGCGUGUCCCUGAUCUGCCGCAAACGAGAGCAAAGACAGCAGGUGCGAGCCGAGCAAGAGAAACGCAAGCAGGAGGAGGAGCAGAAGCAGUUGUCCAGCGAGUCUUUAAAAAACGUGUCCGGCUCUCAAGGUUCUGCACAGAGCCAGUGUGGUUCCCAGCCUCCGACUCCUGGCCUCGUCCAACCCGAGUGUGAGGAGCCUGAUGUAGACCAGCAGCAUCAGUACAUGCAAAGUGGAAUGACCUUGGCUGACAGGACACUUGACAGUGGUCAGGGUUCAUCCGUGUUCUCAGAACCUCACCUCAGCCAGCUCAACAUGUCGUAUAGUUCUCCUGGCGCGUCGCAACCCCAGCAGGUGCCUGGACAGGCCGCCUACCCUCCCAGCUCUCAAGCUCCACAACAGCACACCGCAUACCCCCAACAGCCCAUGCCUCCUCCACCUCUUCCCCGUCGUCGUAGCAUGUCUGUUUGCGUGUCCUGCUUUUCUACCACCUCUGCUCUAUCGUGUCCUCCCAAGCUACCUUCCACCCCUCCUCCAGUCGCAUCAGCCCCACUCUCGCCCCGGCUGGGGAGGCCAGAUGGGGAGACGUUUGCGGGCCGACUGUCCAAAGCACUGGAGAGUGUCCUGCCCCUUCACUCAGCCCCGCCCCGUCGCCGUGCCAGUCUCCCAGCAAUCUUUGCCAGUCCUCCGCAAUCAGCGAGUCAGCCGUACGGUGGAGGAGGCUCAGGUCUGGUCGAGCCCCCGCUCUUUUUCCCCACCAUCCCGGAACGGCCCAUCUCGUUCUCCCCCCCGCCAUCUUGCCCACCUAAAGCUUUCAACGUGCAGCGCCGCAAGAGCACCUCCAUCCUGGAGGCCCACACGCGUCACUUCCAGCCCGCCUACCAUCGUAGCUAUGGCAGCGGCCUACAUCCGUUUUCUGGCAUGGAAGCUCUGGGCCCCGGCGUUGAACCCUCCCUGUUCAUGAUGCAUGGUAUGGCGCCUCAAAGAUUGGCUGAGCCACUGCACCUACAGCCCCCAGCAGAGUCACUAUAUGGAUAUAAGGACGUGAGAGCAGAGCAAGAGGAGGCUGUACGCAGACUCAGUCUCAACCAGGCUGCACUAAUGGACCAUCUGGAAGCCAUGGCCUAUAGUGGCUACCCUAUGACUGCACAGCAGCUAAGCCACAUCAGCUUCCAUCAGCAAAUGCAGGUCGCUGCUGCUGCUAGCUUGGCCUAUGAGACUCAAUCACAGCCUGGGCCAGCUUACCUACACCCUCAUGUUCAGAGCCACAUGCGCUUGACCCACAGCCCCAUCCCGCAACUGCCUCCCAUGAGUGUGUCUAGCUCUGCCUCUGCACCGCAGCAAACCACAGCUGCAGAUCCAGUGUAUCAGACCCACUCGUUUCCCCAUUCCGCACCACCCGUCUUGGCUCAUACAUCCGAGCCGAGCACCGCCUUUGAAUUCCACAUGCACAACCUCCAGGCGGACCCAGCCAUGCUGGCGUCGAGACUCUACCGAGCCCGCCGGGGAUCCAUGGACCUUAACCUAGAGGAACCGACUGGCAACCUGGGCUUGUGUGGACGACUACAGCCUGUCACUGAAGAACUAUACAGCUAUGUGAGCCCGGAGCUGCCCCUUCCCCCGGGCAGCCUGCUUCUCCAUGGACCUAAAGAACUCAGUCCUGAACCUUCAAGUGACUCUAUGACCUCCUCUGAUGCUGGGGAGUUCCACUCGCCUCCGCCUCAUCAGUUGUACCAACUUCAAGACUGUUCCGCUGCUCAAUCCAUCCCACAAACUUCUUACUACAAAACAAAUGGAGGGAGUAACAUCAGCGAAGGACACCCACCCAGUCAGACAACAUUUCUGUUUGUUCCACCUUCUGAAUCGUCCACCGUUCCGUCCUCGCACAUCACUGCUCUGCACAGUACUUGGGCCCGUCAACCAUCCCUUCCACCGGACCUCACAUACCACGAGCCUGCCUUGUCCCAUCAGGGCGCUACCUUGGUCCCAAUCCCCCAGUCCACAAGCGCCAUGUCUCUGGUUUCCUGCAGCACCCCAUUAGCCGCUUCUGCUUCUCAACAGUAUGGAGGUUACUACGUCCAAGCACUCCCUUCGCAGGCUGCUGUUCCGCAACAGGCUUCUCUGGGGGCCACAUCCCAACCAGGAGUCUCGUUACCCCAACAGCAAGCUCCCCAACAGCUUCCCAGCACUGUGGUUCAGAGCAGCUCCCAGAUGCAGGUCCAGCCCGGCCCCCAGCCCACACAGCUUCUCUGCGCGCCAACUAUAGCAGUUGCCCCGUUUCCGCAGCAGCCAGUGCCUGAAGCGCUGACAUGCCCGGCAGCUGUGCCUGCUCCAGCCACGUCCCCAUCAGCGCUGCCACCCCAUCUGGCCCAAUUGGUGGCGCCUCUAAUGACACCUGUGCCAACCAUCCACGUGGCCACAGUCCCUUCCCCCACCAAACAUCCAUGUUUGCCAGCAGACACCCCAGCGCAGACAUCUCAUAGCGUCUCUCAGACUUUGAUGACAGAGCUGUCACAACUCCAAACUCCUGCUGUGGAGAGUUGUCAUUCUGAUGUGGCAUCUGGGCUCAGUGAUGGUAAUGAGGGCGUAACGGGUGGCAGGCAUGAGGGUCGUUCUGCCAAAAGGCACCAGCGCAGAUCAGUACGCAGCCGUUCACGCAAUGAAAAAACCUCUAAGGCCAAGCUCAACGUUCUUAAUAUAUCCAGAAUGGGCGAUAGAGUUGCGGAGUGUCAAUUAGAAACACACAACAGAAAAAUGGUGACUUUCAAGUUUGAUCUAGAUGGCGAUAACCCAGAGGAAAUUGCACAGAUAAUGGUACAAAGUGAAUUCAUUCUAGAGAGCGAGCGCGAGUCCUUCAUCGAGCAGAUUCGAGAGGUCAUAGAAACAGCAGAUGAGAAAGGUGUGGAGAGAGAGUGCAGUCAGACGGUUAGUGAUCACGAGCAGCAUAUGCCCACCACAUCUGCACCUCUUGAGCAAGGUGUGCCGCCUAGUUCAGCUGCCCAGGUGGUCCACUCUGCAGGCCGAAGGUUUAUCGUGAGUCCAGUGCCUGAAUCCAGACUGAGGGAACAGUUCUUUAGCUCACCCCAACCCACAAUUGAAGAGCCUUCAUCCUAUGCACCGCCUGCCUUGGGGCUUUCUAUGUCUGCGUCUGCAGUUAGUCUACAGCAGGCAUUCUCUGAAAUACGCCAAGGCCGUUUUGACCCGGGUCCCAGCACUGCGCCGCCUAUGCUCCAUGUCUCCAUGCCCCCUCUGCUUCCUUUGGCAGCACCCUUGCCUUCUAGCAUCGCCCCGGUGGUCCCUCCCACAGUGUCUUCUGAAGUGACCUCUUCACCAUCUCUACCCUCUGUCUCCAUAAACCCUCCAGGGUCAUCGUCUCCUCCUCCUACCCUUCCGGCCUCCUCCGUGACCUUCCCUCCAGCCCAUUCGCAACUCCCUCUGCCUCAAAGUCAAGCUGUACCUGCCAUCAUCAGUGUUAUUUCCACACCUUCCUCUCUGCCAGUGCCACCUGUGCCUGCCACCACAUCCUUCCCCCAAACUUCAGUCCCCAUGCCUGCACCUGCCUGUAUUGAAGCCCCGCUCACUCACUCCAUGAGUCCUAUGGGAUCUGUUUCUGGUGGCAGUAGUGAACAGCCGCCCAUCACCUCCACUUCAGCUCAGCUCACAUCACCGGUCAUCCCCACCACAGCCAUCCAGACACCGCCGCUCGCACCAUCCACCACCCCGGUUAUUCCCACUUUAGCUGCUCAGUCACAAGUGCCCACCCUCCAGCCGGUUACCACCAACAUACCCGUCGUGCAGCCCACACCCGUGCACAGCCAACCUCAAACCUCCACCGUGCCCAAUCAGAGCCAUGCACAUUGUGUAGAAUGUGACAGCGACCCGCAGGGAAAGGGUGUUGAUGACAUCCAGGCUCUAGAUAAAAAGCUGCGUUCGCUCUUCAUGGACCUGGGCUCUGGUCCGCCCUCUGCCCAGUCUGAUGUCACAUCUGACCCCAUGGCGGCUGCAAGCAUCCCUGGCACCUCCUCUCCAACUGCCUGCGCCACCCCUAGCGGCACCCCUCUCCCUCCCUCUAGUUUACCCCUUAACACCUCCGGUCAGCCCACAGGCUCUCCCAUGACAUCCAUGGGUAAUGCCUCCACACCGGUUGGCUACAGUCAGACGACUCCAUCCAAAGCACCAUUAUCAAGAUUACCGGUGUUGCCUGUCGGCCCAGAUCAGGCUGGCACGCCACCCACAGAGCACCUACCACCCUUCCCAGGACCUUGUUUAACUCAGUCCCAGCAGCCCCUGGAGGAUCUGGAUGCCCAGCUGAGACGGGCGCUGAGUCCAGAGACUGUCCCAGUCAACAGUGUCACGCACCAGUCAUCUAUCUCUGGGAUGCCACCUGGAGGACAGCCAGUGCCGUUUUCUCUGGAUGAUGAGACAGCAGCUGCACCUGCAGCUGAAGGAUACACACUGGGACGAUUCCAGGUGUCAGCGGCUCCUGAUGAGAAUGCCCGGCAGGCUCCCAUCACCUCCCAUGACUCAUCCUCCACAUCUUCUUCCUCCACCACCACCUCCUCUUCAUCAUCCUCCUCCACUCUCUCUAGCCCCGAGAACACGCUGCACCGAACCUCCUCUCACCUUAGAGACACGAAAGCAGAUGUGGUUGAUGGCCUCCCUGCUCUCCCUAACCAGACGACAACCCACCCCCAGCCCACCACCAUUGGCCGUUUCCAGGUGACCACCAAGACUGACACAAAGGUGGGCCGUUUCUCAGUGAGCAGAGCACAGGACGAGGCUCCUGUGGCAAGCUUACAACCCCCAGAACCCCAGCCAGGACCUCAAGCCCAUCUAGCUUUAGGCAACGGUCCGGCUCAGAGCCCCGGGAGCCUCAACAACUCCAUCAGCUCCUACUUCAGCAGCGACAAUGACUCAGAGUUUGAAGACGAGGACUUUAAGAAAGAAGUCAGCAAGCUGAGGGAGAAGCACAUGAUGGAGAGUCAGGCUCUGUACACGCGGCAGAAGGCAGAGAUUGAUGCCCUUUUUGCUCGCUUGGGCAAAGCACCUCCCGCUAUGGUCAACCCUCCCGUUGUGAACCCAGCUGGCCGCAGACGACGUCACACCAAAAGCAAAAGCAGCAAAUCCAGCCGCAGUAGCUCACAGGGAAGCAAGAGUCCUGUACAGCCAGCAACCAGCACUUUAUCCGCACAGAGCGCUCCCUCUGUGUACCCGCCUCAGCAGGCCUUCCUGGCCCCUGGGGGAAUGAUAGAUGGGGGGAGCAGCCCUCUGCUCCAGUCCUUCAAACCGUCCCCUUCUAAUGAGAACCUGUGCUCCACUUACACCAGUGACGGCACACUCUCUGCGCCCAGUUUGUGUGUCACCUCGCAAGGCUGUGUAAAGUUCAGCUGUGGGUCGGAGAGAGUGACCUUCAAACCAGGUGGCAGGAGGACGCGUUUUCUGAGUACGCCCUGCUUGGCUCUUUGGAAGAUGGUGAAAAAAGUGUGCCCCUGCAACCAACUCUGUAGGACGAGCAGCACCAACACGGUGGCGGGAACUGUUCAGAAUCAAAACCAGCCGCCAGUCUCUCAGUCCCAGAGCUGCAAGGGCAUGUUCACAGACGAGCUGCACAAAUUGGUGGACAACUGGGCCAGGGACGCUAUGAACCUGUCACAGGGCAAGAGAGGCUCCAAGCACCAACAACAAGUGUCUCCUCAGGGCCACAGCCAAGACAUGGUUCCUCCUACCAAUAUGGGCCGUAAGUACUCGGCUCCUGGCCAGCUGUGCCCAAGCAUCGCUUCAACUCUGAGCGGCCACCCGCCCAUGCCCAACACUCCCGCUACCUCUCUGGGGGCCCGGAAGGGCUCCUUGUGUCCCACGCCGCAGUAUGGCUACCCCUCUGCACCUUACAGCGCCCAGUGGGCUGGUUCAAUCGCGCACACCCAGGCCGGUCUGCUGGCCACCUCGCAACCCCUGUAUCCCCAGGUUCCCACACCUUUACAGACCUUCCACAUCAGCACUUUGCAAAAGUCAGUCAGCCACCCGGGUGGACCCAACCUGAAGACCACGUAGGGCAGGGCCUAGCCGCGCCAGGCCUAAAUAACUCUCGAGUUGAGGGAAGCAAGGGGGGUGGGGCGGAUUGGGCAAGCGUUUGAGUGCAUUACAGAGAUUCUGUCACAAGAGUUGAUAUUUGAGAAAGAAGAUGCCAGAAUCUGCAUGCAUGCUCACAGAUACGCCACGGGGAUGAUGCACAAUGACACAAGGGAUAAGAUAAAAAAAAUAAAACACGGACACUUGUGUGCAAUGUUACGUGGCCAAAGAAGGUGUGACCAUUUUUAUUGUUAAGGUGUGUAGUGAUGGCAUCCUUCACCACCCAGCCCCAAACAUUUGUCAAGGGGUUCGAUUACAGGUUUGCUGACCUAAAAUGGAAUGAAUGCCACAGGCAUCCAUCUGUAUAUCCUCCUGAUAAAUUCAUACAUCAAGCAUGUCAACAAAAACGGGUGGGUGAUGGUGAGCAGCGAAGAGACAAACCUAGUUCCCCUCUUGCCCUAAACCCUCUUCUGCAAUGCCAUGGAAUAAUGCAAUAAUUACAAUGGUAAGAAAAAAAGCCCAUUAUAAAACACAGGAAGUGGCCUUCAUUAGAUAAAUGACAAAAUCCAUGUACAGAUUUCCUUUGUUUUUAAAUUGGGUUAUGAGGGUUUUGAUUUCAUUCACUUGGUUGGUUUUUCUUCCCUAUGCCCUUCAAGCCGGUCUUGUGUAGCAGAAUGUUAGGGACAGUACUUUUUUUUGUCAUAUGUUCAGAGGCCUUUCUGCUGCCUGUACUACAAAGCUCCUACAUGCAUCCCAGCAUGCACAUUCACACUCUUACCGUCCUCUUCCGGUUUUCUCGUCGGGCCAGAACACAAGGUGACUUGUAAAAUGGUGGAUAAAAUCAGAUGGAUUGGGGUUUGGAUACAGGAUUGGUUACCUUUGAGGCCUGUGGAGCUUUAAAUCUUUGGCUAAUUAUCAGCUUUUUCUAAUCAUGGCAGCAUUAGGAGCCUCUUACGAUAGUUUGAUCGAGACAUUCAAAUUAGAAGUUGUGUUCUGUAUGGACCUGUAUUUACUCAUCAGUUUUUGAUGUUGAAACACUGUGAUUAUUAUAAAUGUUGUUGGACAACAUUAGAUAAAAAGAAAGUAGACAAAAAAAAAAAAACAUGAAAUUUUGGAGGAUGGAAGGCUAGCUAUUUCAUUAUUCACAUCUUAUUGGAGACACUUUAACCUUUUUUUCCCAUUUGUACUUUCUUUAUAUUAUUAGAUAAAUGUGAAUGUAAAUGGAUUCAAUUAACGUACUUGAAGAAAAGAAUCUUUCCCUCUUUCGCUAAGCCCGGUGAGCUUUCUGAAGAUUCUAGUGCCUUGCUUUAUUUUUGUGUUACUUUUUUUGCUCCGGGGUUUGAUAUAUAAGGCAGUGGAGAGUCUCUGGUUUGAUUGCGUGACUUCACAGAGGGUGAUUAUUAAUAUAUUGCAGGAACAAGGUGUUGUUAUGGAUGCCGUUUUGAAUUGGCUACGACUGAAACCAUUUGAUGGAACAGUCCUAGUCACAAAAAGCUUCAUUUAUAAGGUGCGCCAACACACAAUCCAGCCAUUAUAUCACAUUCAAAGGCUGUGAAAGUGCUUAAAGGGUUGAGUUUUAGAUACUUUGAUCAAUCUAUGUUAGUAUGCAAGUAGAAGUGUGCCUAUCAUCAGCACAUAGAUGAGUCAUUUAAACUUCUUUCAACAGCCACGGUGUCUUUGUUUUCCAGAUGGAUUCUUAAACAGCGUGAACGGUUCUUGUGAAGGUGAGGGAUCGGCUCAGAUAGAAACGCGGGACGAGGAAAGUUAGUAUGCAUGGGACAGUAUGUUGUAUGUAUUUCAAAACCACCGAUAGCUUAGAUGUUUUUCCAGAACUGCUUAAUUGGUUUUGACGCCAUCCAGUGUGAAAUCCUCUCCAGGUGUGCAUAGGGAGACACGUUUGACUCAUUUAGCAACAGAUGUGACAGCAAGUCUAGAAAAGGACCAGAAAGGUGGGAAAAGACAGUUAGCAACCCUCACCGACACAAGAACGCCACUGUCUGCCAAAACAACACUGUUAAAGAAUAUUUCUUGCUGGUUUCUCAUCAAUCUGCUUCUUUUGAACUCUCACUGCCCAUGUAAGUUCUCACAUCACUGUACUGACAACAGCCUUCGGUUUCAUGGCAGAUCAGUAGCUUCUUUUGGAGGAUCUCACUCUCUCUCUCUUGGUAGCAGUCAGUCAAAUCACUCUUGUAAAUGCUUUGGUUAUUUCAAAAUACCUGACCUGCAGUGUCAGACUACCUUUUAGCACUUUCAACUGUGCAGAUGAAUAGAGAACAGUCCUGAUCCACCAGAAACAAAUGUACAGAUCCUUUACAGAGCAUUUUAUCUGGAGAUGCUCUCAUCACCUUAACUACUGAAAGGACUUAGAUAACAACUCGUUACAUACUGCUUAGUGUGCCGUCUGCGUGAAACGUCUGGUACAGGAACUUCACUUUAGGUCAACUGUACAGUUUAGAUUCUCAACUGACUCUAUAUGUUCAAAAUCUGAUCAUUAUACCUUUAUCUCUUGCUUUGUACACAAUGCUUUACCUGUAGACAGCUCGUUUUUACCAACUUUACGUCGCUCGGUUUGUUCAAACUGUGAACACAUCAAAAGGUCUUUAACAAAGAGGUCCAACCUGCUCAGUGUUCAGACCAAUGAAAUACUACCUUCUGAGUGCCAUGUCCCUGUUCCAGAUAUGACGCAAGUGUUCAUUUGCUCUCGCUAUAAGAAACAGGUCCCCCUGUUUGACUGUAGAGGGUGCUUAUGUAUUCACCUCUGACCUCUGAUGUAAAUGAAACAGCACCUUGAAAAAGAAAAAAAAAAAAACUCCUUUUUCUUUGCUUUGAAAAAACAAUUGUUUGUAGCGUGCUGAUGUACGAACGAGCCAUUCAGUAUCGCUAGACAUUCAGUUUAUGAUGAAAAAACAAACAAACAAUAACAUGUAUUUUUUCUUUCUUUUUGCAUGAGACUUUAGUUACACAGAAAAUGCACACAAACUUACUCAAAACUAUCUUGAAUGAAUCCCUCCUUACUAGUCGCUCUCCUGUGGAAAGAAAUACAACAGAACAAUGUUUACUUAAUGCUACUGACCUGUCAUUGAGUUAUUUUGGUUUGUACUACUAUCUGAUCCGCUUGUUUUGCUGUCUUUUGAGUCUCUAGAUUUCCUCUGGCGGCUUUCAUUCAGUGUUUUUUUUUUUCUCCGUAUGAUAGUUAACAUUGUACAAAAUGUUAAAAGAGUUACUUAAAAUGAAAACCAAACAAAAACAUGUAGGGAAUCAUCGGCAAUGUUUAACUGUAUGUUUUGCACUAAGUAUAGGAUGUUCAAGCUUCAUAUAAAACUGAGCUUUGCGCUCCAAUAAAACAGCAUUUGUUACCCUAUUUGUAAACUUAAUAAAAGUCAUUUAAAUAAAUUAA